CCGCGAUGUUUUGAACACGGUAGUAAGCAAGAGUUUUGAUAUUAGACUCGUCUAAAGUGAAGUUUUAACUAUCUGGCUAGUCUGAUAAACUAGCACCAAUCUAGAACACUUCAGCUUAACAUGGAUAAGCAAUUCAGUUAAUCGAACUUUAUUUACCCUACUAGUGGUCAACACGUUGGCAGAAUACAAAACGGGCUGUUUAACUUUCAUAUUAGCAUGCUAAAUUAACCGUGCCCCUAACUGGAGCGAGCCAAAAAUAUUUGCGUCACGGACUGUUACCACCCGAUAAGGGAAUUGUUAGUUUGCCAGCAUUAGAUUAGCUAGCUAACGUUGGCUGUUUCCAUCGGCGUUCAGUGUUAUUUCUUUUGGUGUUAUCUUAAACUGUAUCUGAAACUACACCGAACUUGGAAAAAUAUCUGCAUCAAUUUUACUAACCAACAAGUUAAAAAUGCCGCGUGUCAGCGAUGGUACAGAGGCAUUACAGGCGGAUGAUUUUGUGGCCCCAGCUGUUGAAAACGAUUUGGAUUCAGCUGUAAUUCGAAGGCUAGACGAACAGUAUGAGAUUUUCGAUCAGUCACGAAGUUACAAGAAUGAAGAAGAACCAACUGCAACUCGGAAAGCAGUCUCAUUUAAGUCGACAGGAUCUCAAUAUCCGGGCAAAUUGAGCAAAUACGCGGAACACAAGAAAUACUGGAGCAAUGGGAAGCACUGGCCUGCGAGGAUAUUUUCAAUGCUCUGCUGCAUUGUUAUACUUUCGGUCGUCGCGUUUCUCUUGGCAUUCAUGUACCUUAUUUUGAAAGAGUUACGCAGUGAGAGACUUACCACAGAAGAUGGUUCAGAAAUAAAACUUCUGGGCUUUUGGAGUUUGCUGGUGUUGUCCACAAUAGCUGGAAUCUCGUGCUGCAGCUUCUCUUGGACCUUGACUUACUUUGAUUCUUUUGAACCUGGCAUGUAUCCCCCAUCACUGCUGUCUCCUGCAAGACAAAGAAAGAUGACGGGCCGCUCCUUCCACAUCGGCUACAGCAUGGCGAUCCUGAACGGCGUCGUGGCGGCUCUCACCGUCGUCUGGUGCCUGUCGUGAGCCGCGGUCGACCGCCCCUCUCAGUAAUCGCAUAAAACCGGCUCUACGCAUCGCACUUCCUGCUUCUUACUCACGCAAACAUGCGAAAAAAAAUCCAUAACGUUUUCCCUCUCUCUUCUCGUCAGACGUAUCAAUUGAUUCCCACACAUGUCUCUGUGAAAUCGAAUACCACUAUUCUUCCACUGCUGUUAGCACUGCGCUUAUUGUGGUUUACAGCUUAGGUUACAACACUGUCUGAAGUUUAAUGUUUUUUUUUAUUAUCUAAAAAUAAUGGAAGGAAAAAAUGUAUAUGUACAUGUGCAUAUUCCAGAAAGAAUACAGGGAAAGGACUCUUGGUUAGUGGGCGUUUGUUGUCUUAAAGUGCCUUUAAGGUCUGUAAUAAUUUUUCAGAUCAAAUUGUUUUUUCUUAAUGCUUCUGCCAAAGAUUUUUACAGAAUUGCUUUGUUAAGAAAAAUUAUUACGAAAUAUUAUAAUGUUUGAGUCACAAAUUGUAAGUAUGCACAUUUUAGAGUACAGGGGAUUGAAAGCUGUGUGAAAUUCAAAGUUGUAGCACAUAGUAACCCAGAAGGGCGGGAAAAGUUGUUUUAAAGAACUUCUUGGUAUAAAAACUCUUUUAUAUUUUGCUAUAGAAUCUGUGUCUGUAUAUUAACUUAUAAGAUUAGUUUUAUUAUUGUUACUGGGGAAUUUAGCCACUACUUUAACUGGGUAUAUUUAUUACAGUCUUAAUCGUGACUUACAAUCUUUCAGUUCUGGAAAAAAUAAGUUGAAAAAACACUGUUUUAGCAGGUGUUCAGCAUUGUUCUAAUCAGGAUUGUUAUCUCAUGACACUUACCUAAUGUAGUCCGAUAAGUACUCAAGUCUUGUUUGAUUUUGUUCUGUUGUAGUGUAACAGGCCAGGUGGUUUUAGUGAGAGUUUUAUCUUUGUGUGCCCUGUUUGAUCUACUCUCAGUAUUUGUUUUACCGCAAGUGUUUAUCUUGAUUCCGUUCAGACGCAGGAGGGUCAUGUAAUGAAUCACUCCCAGAUUGAUUCAGUUUGAUGGGGUGCAACGGAAAGGCUUCAUGGUUUUGUCAGUUUGAUGUUUCGAAUUUAUGUUGAAAUAAAGUCACUGAUAUUGCUCACUUUAUAUUGAAUAAAAAAAGCAAAGCGA